UGAAAAGGGGCCGGUGACAAAAUGGCGGUGGCGGCUGCUGCCGCUUCAGCGUCGCCUCUUCCUUGUUCUUCGCGAGGAGGAGGAGGAGGGUCCCGGCGAGGGCUGGGGAGGCCGCCCCGAAAUGUCGCCGGGGCUCCUUACUCCUCCUCCGGGGAGGGCCCUCCUGUCAUCCCCUCGUUGGAGCUGGUGCGUCCCUCGGUGUCGGAGCUCUCCCGCGCCGUCCGGAGCAACAUCCUCUGCACGGUUCAUGGCUGCGGGAAGGUCCUGCCCAACCCUCCCGCCCUCGCCAUGCACCUCAGCAAGGCGCACCGCCUCCGGCAGGAUGGAGACAUCAAUCCUGCAAUAAGGAAGGACUUGAAGACGCCACAGAAGUCCUACUGCUGCCCCAUCGAAGGGUGCCCUAGAGGUCCAGAAAGGCCCUUUUCACAGUUCUCUCUCGUCCGACAGCAUUUCAUGAAAAUGCAUGCUGAGAAGAAGCAUAAAUGUGACAAAUGCAGCAAUUCCUAUGGCACCGUGUGGGAUCUAAAGCGACAUGUUGAGGACUGUGGCAAGACUUUCCAAUGUACCUGUGGGUGCCCCUAUGCCAGCAGGACAGCGCUGUUGUCUCACAUUUAUAGGACGCAGCAUGAGAUCCCUCUUGAACACCGGGAUCCACCUAGUAAGAAAAGGAAAUUAGAAACCGCAAUAUCCAAUAAGCUGCUGGGAGAAAAAGUAAAAGAAGUCUCUGCCAGUAUCCAGACUGUGCAGACUAACUCUAAAGACUUGGAGACAUCUGAGAUCAAACCAGCAGCUUCAUCUGAGGACUCCAGCCAUUCCUUUACUGCUAAGCAGACACAAACACAGCCCAAAAAUGCACCAAAGUUGCUUCUGCCAAAGCCAAAAGUGGCAUUGGUUAAACUUCCUGUAAUGCAGCUUACUCACUUGCCUAUCUUUGUAUCGGCACCAGACUCUUCCGUCAAACCUGUUGUAGUUGCUGUCGAUGACAAAGGCUCUGUGAUGAGUACUGUUCACUUAAUGCCUCUGCCAGUAGGAAUAAUGAUGCCUACAUUGGACGCUGAAACACUUGAGUUUAAAAGCACUCUGCCCCUGUCAAAAAUCAAAAACGCUGGCAGUAUUGAGCCGGUCAGCACAGGUGUCCAGGUCAAUUUGGGUAAAGUUACAUCAAAUAAUACAAUUCAAGAUCUGGAGGCCAUGUGCUACAAGAAUGGCAUUUGUUCCACAAAUGUACAGACUGAUUUGUCUUACAUUUCACAGAACUUUGUGCCCUCUGGGGCCUGGGCUGCAGAUUCCUCUGUGUCCUCUUGUUCUCAGACAGACCUGACAUUCAGUUCACAGGUUUUGCUGCCAAUUAGCGUACAGACGCAGACCCUCUUACCCAGUUCAAAGCUGACUUCCUCCAUAGCUGCUCAAACAGAUCCCCGAGCCCAGGCUUGUUUUCAGCCCUAUGGAAUUUCUCGGGAGACUCAGACUAACAGGUCACAGAAGAGUAUUGAUGGGAGAGAACAAAUGGACCAGUCUGUAAUGUGCAGUGACAUUUUUGACAGUGUUAGUUCAUCGUUCAGUGAUUCAAACGCCGUGGCACUUCCAGGCAAUAACCUGAUUCCUGCAGGCCUGGGUCAAAGUUUGCUACAAAGAGAGAACUGCAGAUCUUUGGAUCAGGACACAAAGUGUGAACCAAUUAUCAACUUCAGUGCGCAAAAUAAUAUUCUCCCGCAGCAAGUUAUGACAGACAAUCAGACCCAGACAAUGGAGUUAUUGAAUGAUCUUGAAACUAUUUUUUCAAGUAAUACAGCAGGGCAGUCGCUGGAUAACCGUACUCUGUUGGCAGACACCAACUCAAAUGCUGUCGCUCCCCUGCCUCCUGGCUCUACACAGAAUGCAGGAAUAGAUUUCGACAUAGAGGAUUUCUUCACUGCCUCCAAUAUACAAACACAGACAGAAGAGACCAAACUCGAUAACUUGAACUCUGAGCCCGUCUUGGAAUCGCUAGAUAUUGAAACUCAGACAGAUUUAUUUUCAGAUAAUGCCACACAGUCCUAUAACUGCAGAGGUAAUCCCAACUUCUUAGGUUUGGAGAUGUUCGACACACAGACCCAGACGGACUUAAAUUUCUUCUUAGACAGUCCCUAUCUUCCGUUGGGGAGCAUCUUGAAGCAGUCCGCCUUCUCUGUGAGCACAGAUUCAUCUGACACAGAAACGCAGACAGAAAUGCAGUUUUCUGAGAGGAAUGCCUCUAACCAAAUGGCAGAAUGUAAAGUGGAGCUGAGUAGUGCUGAAACACAGACCAUGGAUAGCUGCUUUGAAACUUUAGGCAGCUUAUUUCUAACCAGCAAUGAGACUCAGACAGCGAUGGAUGACUUUCUUUUAGCUGACCUGGCCUGGAAUACAAUGGAGUCACAGUUCAGUUCAGUAGAAACACAGACUUGUGCAGAAUUGUGCUCUUUAUUUCAAAGUCCUGACAAAGCGAGCCAUUGAGUGCUUACCUUGAACUCUAUCUUCUCUGAGAUUAAGUUAUGUGCGGGUAGGAGAAACUGACACUGGAGUUAGCUCUGCUGAGUGUAACUGACAGUAUACAUUUGGUUUACAAACCUUGUCUUAUUAUGAGGUAUUUGAACUGUUGUGCGUACAUUACUAAUAUGAAUCGUGUGUGCAUUUUCCCACUGUUACCUUAUUAUUGUACAUUUGAACACUUCAUAACUGAUGAGUAAGCUGGUGCCUGCCUCUGCUCCUUACUCAUAGCCUUUAGUCAUAUGUGUGUUCUCUGAAUCUGACACUACGGUUGCAAACUUUUAGUUACUGUUUGUGAGUAAUUGCAAAGAAUUUCUGAGUAAAUAGUCACAGGAUUGAAUGUAUAUUAUUUAUUGGACCAAAACUAGUUUUCUUUAAAUUGUUACUUAUUCUCCAAAUCCUAAAUGUAUUACCCAUUUUUUGUUUUCUUUAUUUCUUUUUUACUUUAUUUAUUCUCUUUAUUUUGAGGUCCUAGCUAUAAGGUGGUUAUAUCAUUAUCGUGCCCGAUGAUACCUAAGAAUCCAUAUUUCAGCAGGCUGACUUGAUCUAAGUUGACAGUUUUGCAUGAACAUUUCCAGCAAACCUGGAGCAACAUGUCAGGUGCUGCAUUGAGCAAAGUGUUUUAAGAAUCCUACCAAAGUGUAAACCAGGUUUUAUUUUGUUUCGUUCUGACUUCCGGCGCUUGAAAUAGCAGACGUCAUGCUAGUCUUAGGAGGCAAUUCUUAAGUCACUGUGCUUAACAAAGAUCCCAUAUAUGUAUUUAGAUUGUGCAAAGUACUCUUCAAGUUGGAAUUAUUAUUAUUAUUAUUAUUAUUAUUAUUUAAAAAAUCAUUGUCUCUAGCCUGGUAAGAAAUUUGAUUUCUAAUAACCUUGCCAGUUGUCAUGUUCUUCUAAGAGCUUGGUAUACCUUACUUAGUCCAACCCAUUUUCAAUCAGAAUUGUUACUUCAAAGAUAUUGGCUUAAACCAUACCUCUGUACUGUCCAAGAUUGCUUUGUUUUAACCAGUUCCAUUUGAAGUGAAUUGAACUAAGUUGUUUCUUCUUUACCUUUAGGAAGCCUCCUUUCAAAACCCUUUUGUCCAAAAACUAAUUUUGGAAGUGUAGCUGUAAGGCAAACCAUAAAAAGCUUCUUCAGAACACAAUCGCUAGGUAGGUCACCUAUCGACAAAUAAAGUAUUAAGGCUCUGUAGCAUUUUACAAGGUGAAAGAACAAUUAUCAACAGCCCAUGCUGAGCAACUGAAGACACGUAUACAUAAGAUGUUUGCACAACUGCAUGAAUAGAUCUGCAAUUAAUAUCAACUUAAAAGCAAAUGAGCUUUUGCCGUGAAUUAAAUUGUUCAAAGGCUCACAUGUAUGUCAUGCAAGCCAUGUAUGUCACUAAAAUUAAUGAGUAAAUAAAUGCCUGUUUUGACCUA